UUAAUGUCUGCGACGUUUCAUCAGCUGGCUGGAAUUUGCUUUGCUGUUUGUGUUCGUAUUGUACCUAUUGUUUUUCGAUUUUAAAUUUAGGAUCAUAAUUUUGCGCAAUCUUAGCUAUUAUGCUAUUAUUUAUUUGACUUUAAAGAAAUUGAUAUACAUACAAAAUGAAGACGAGAUUUAACACGUAUGAUAUAAUAUGUAUGGUGACAGAAUUGCAGAGGUUGAUUGGCAUGAGAGUCAACCAGGUCUAUGACAUAGACAACCGCACAUAUGUCAUCAGACUACAGCGCUCAGAAGAGAAGGCUGUAUUGCUCCUUGAGUCUGGAAACAGAUUCCACACCACUCAGUUUGAAUGGCCCAAGAAUGUAGCUCCUUCGGGGUUCACUAUGAAGCUACGUAAACACCUCAAAAACAAGCGUCUUGAGCACCUCACACAACUGGGAGUGGAUCGUAUAGUAGACCUUCAGUUUGGCAGCGGGGAGGCUGCUUACCAUGUGAUACUGGAGUUGUAUGACCGGGGUAAUAUAGUGCUGACUGAUUGUGAGUGGACCAUAUUGAAUGUACUAAGGCCCCAUGUUGAAGGUGAUAAGAUCAGAUUUGCAGUAAAAGAAAAAUAUCCAUUGGACAGGGCGAAAACAAACUACCAGGCGCCAAACAGCGAGAGUUUGAAGGAGAUAUUGUCACGGUGCAAACCCAGUGACAACCUCAAGAAAGUGCUCAACCCUAAUCUAGAAUUCGGCGCGGCGAUCAUCGACCACGUGCUGUCGGAGCAGGGGCUGGCGGGCACCAUGAAGGUGAGCAGCGACCCCGGCAAGGGCUUCCAUCUGCAGCGCGACCUCGGCAAGCUGGUGGCUGCGCUGAAGCAGGCUGAGGCGCUGCUGGACGCAGCCAAGGAGAAUGUGGCCAAGGGCUACGUAAUACAGAAGCGUGAAGAACGACCGGACCCCGCCGGUGGCACCUCCUUCCUGCUCACCAACCAGGAGUUCCACCCUCUCCUCUACGCACAACACAGGGAGCUUCCGCGUGUGGAGUACGACACCUUCGAUAGAGCUGCUGACGAAUUCUUCUCCGCUUUGGAGGGACAGAAGAUCGAUCUGAAGACGAUCCAAGUGGAACGGGAAGCGAUGAAAAAGCUCCACAACGUGCGGAAAGACCACGAGAAGAGAGUGACCGAGCUGGAGCAAGUCCAGCUCCAGGACAGGAGGAAGGCGGAGAUGAUAUCCCGGAACGAGCCCAGGGUGGAGGCGGCCAGACUCGCGGUACAAGCCGCUAUAGCCAACCAGAUGUCCUGGGACGACAUAAAGCUGCUAAUAAAAACUGCCCAGGACAACCAAGACCCAGUGGCUUCGUGCAUCAAAGAGCUCAAACUGAACACCAAUCACAUCACCUUGCUGCUCACUGACCCGUACCAUGAUGAUGAUGACGAUGACGGUAGAGGAGAUGACAGAUUGGAGCCGAUGUUGGUCGAUAUCGAUCUGUCUUUGACUGCCUAUGCUAAUGCUAGGAGAUAUUACGAUCAGAAACGUAACGCGGCCAAGAAGCAACAGAAAACGCUCGAGUCCGCGGACAAAGCGCUCAAAAGCGCUGAGCGGAAGACCAAACAGACCUUGAAGGAAGCCAACACCAUCAGCAGCAUCAGCAAGGCCAGACGGACCUACUGGUUCGAGAAGUUUUACUGGUUCAUCUCUACUGACAAUUAUUUGGUGAUAGGUGGACGGGACCAGCAACAGAACGAGUUGAUCGUGAAACGGUACAUGCGCCCCACGGACGUGUACGUGCACGCGGAGGUGACGGGCGCGUCGUCCGUCAUCGUCAAGAACGCGGGCGGCGCCCCCGUGCCCCCGCGCACGUUGGCCGAAGCGGGACAAGCUGCCGUCGCUUACAGUGUGUCCUGGGAGGCUAAAGUGGUGACUCGUGCGUGGUGGGUCUGGGGCCAGCAGGUGUCCAAGUCUGCCCCCACCGGGGAGUACCUCGCCACCGGCUCCUUCAUGAUCCGCGGCAGGAAGAACUACCUGCUGCCCGACCAGCUGGUCUUCGGGUUCAGUCUCAUGUUCAGGCUGGAGGACAGCUGCAUCGAGCGCCAUCUUGGAGAAAGGAAAGCUGCAACACAAGAGGACACUGUCUCCGAAGUCACUUCCGUUGAGGAAGACCAGGAGAUCGUAGUCUCUGAUGAUGAAGAGACCUCCGAGAAAGAAGAGCCGAAAUCAGAAAGCCAACUCAACAUGAUAGCAGAAGAGACGACACAACUUGAGAUCACAGACGAGCCACUAGAUGGCAUCGCCGAGCGAAAAGCAGAAGAGAAUGAGAUGGAGAAUGAGAGGGAAGACGAUUCGGACAGCGACAGUUCAUCCGAUGACGGCUUCCCUGAUACGCACAUAAAGGUAGAUCAUGGAACUGGGCAGGUGUUCAUAGAAUCUAAAACAAGAACCAUAUCAGAAGCCUCGGACAAGAGCGACGACAAGCUUACCUCCUUCCCGUCCCUACCGAAUCGAGGCAAGAAGCCGCAGAAGAAUAAACAGAAGGAACAGAAGAGGCAAGAAGAGAGGAAGGAGAGCGUGAAGCGAGGCCAGCGCGGGAAACUGAAGAAGAUUAAGGAGAAGUAUCGGGAUCAGGACGAAGAAGACAAGGCUAUUGCGGUGGAGCUGCUUAAAGCAGCGAACGCAGCUAAAGAAUCAAAGAAGGCACAGAAAAAGGCGGCCGCGGCCAAAGCGGGGGGCAAGAAGGGGGGGCAGAGGACCAAGAUACCGCAACCGGCGCCCGUGAUACUCGAGGCGGACUCUGAUGCUGACGACCCGGAGCCAGAGGUUGAGCAAUCGGAGGGCGGGGCUGCGGCAGACGGGGUGGACGAAUUACUGAGCCAACUGACGGGCUCCCCGCUGCCUGAAGACGAGCUACUGUUCGCUGUACCCGUUGUGGCGCCCUACUCUGCUCUCACCAACUAUAAGUACAAGGUAAAGCUGACCCCGGGCACGAGUAAGAGAGGUAAGGCCGCGCGCACGGCGCUGCAGGUGUUCCUGCGCGAGCGCAGCGCCGCGCCGCGCGAGCGCGACCUGCUGAGGGCCGUGCGGGAGGAAAACGUGGCCAGGAACUUCCCCGGGAAGGUUAAGCUGUCCGCCCCGCAGUUGCAUAAACAUAAGAAAUAAAAUAUUGACUCCAUUUUGACUUACUUCGUAUUGUUCAUCUUGGAAAUGUCACUGUCAAUUUGACGUUGACACUUAAUGAAAAAAUUGGAUUGUCGUAGCGGUUGAGACUUUGUCUCUUCAAAAAAUGCUCAUAUAAAUACAUUUUGGUGUGCUCCUAUCAUACACUAAAUAGUGCUGUAAUCAAUCUACUUUAUACUUUAUAUAUAUAUGUAAUUCUAGAUGUUGCCCGGGGCUCGGUCGCUCCCGUAGGAAUUGUGAGAUAAAAUAGCCUAUAGCAAUAUUAGAUGAUGUACCGUACCUUUCUAAUGGUGAAAGAAUUUUUGUAAACUGUUGGUAGUUUCGGAGAUUACCCGCCUCAAACAUAAAAACUCACAAACGCUUACCUCUUUAUAAUAAUAGUAUAGAUUUUGUAAUAACCAUAAUGUUGUCAAGAUCUAGUAAUAGUAAUAUUUAACCCGUCGAUCGCACAGAAUAGAGACACAAUCGAUAAACAUUUAUUUGACCGGUGCAUUUGCAACGGUUCGUACUACAAAAGCACGUCAGACUUCACACGUGUUCCAAAAAGUGAUAUUAAUGUGAAUAUCCCAUGGUUACGUUAUUUUUAGGCGAUAAUAUAAUUUGAAUGUUA